CGAUCCGGUCCCGUCUUUGGUCAAAAUAGAGCAUAAACAAAAAGGUGCAUAAACAAAAUUUUGCAGAUAUAAACGGUUCAAUUUAUAUACCUGUAGAAAAAAGCGCAUCUAUUUCUCUCUCAAACAGAAGCCUUGUGAAAAACCCUAGCUGGAUCACACCAUGGCCGGUAUGUAUGGUCACGAAGGCGAUGGCACGGCUCAGCCUCCCAGAGAUAGCGGAUAUGGCGGUAGUGCCGGCGGUAGAGGUUAUGGUGGUUCCGGGGCAGGAGGAUACGGGUCCAAUGGCCGCGGAGCAUAUGCUGGUUCUGCAGGUGGAGGAUACGGAUCUGGCGGCGGAGGAGAAUAUGGAAGUUCUGCAGGUGCAGGAUACGGAUCUGGCGGGGGAGGAGGCGGAUACGGAGGAAGCGGUGGUGGUGGCGCAUACGGAGGAAGCAGUGGGGGUGGCGCAUACGGAGGAAGCGGUGGCGGUGGUGGUCACGGAGGAAGCGGUGGCGGUGGUGGUCACGGAGGAAGCGGUGGGGGAGGUAGUUAUGGUGGAAGAGGUGGAGGCGGUAGAGGAGGUGGCGGCUCGGGAGGAAGCGGUCGGGAUGGUGAUUGGCGGUGCCCUAACCCGAGUUGUGGAAAUUUGAACUUUGCUAGAAGAGUUGAAUGUAACAAAUGUGGUGAGCCUUCUCCUGCUGGUAAUGAUGAUCGUGGUGGCAGAGGUGGUAACAGUUAUAACAGAGGUGGUGGCGGAGGUGGUAAUAAUCGAGAUGGAAGGGGUAGGUUUGAUAGUGGAAGUGGAGGAGGUGGUAGAAGCAGUGCUUAUGGUGAUAACCAGGGAAGAGAUAACAGUGGUUAUGGUCAGGGUCCUCCUCCAGCCUAUGAUACCAGUUAUCCUCCACCUCCAAGUGGUGGUUAUGGUGGCAACAAUAACUAUUCUCCUGAUGCAGUUCCUCCUCCUGCAAGUUAUGGUGGUGGAACAACAUCCUAUCCUCCAUCAUAUGGUGCACCUGGUGGUUAUGGUGGCAAUGCUCCAGAAGAUGCCCGAGGAGGGGGUAGGUCAGUCCCUCCUGCUAGACAUGAUGGUGGGUAUAGUGGUGGUGGUGGUUCCUAUGGCACUUCUGAUGACGCUCCUCUAAAGGUCAAGCAAUGUGAUGAAAAUUGUGGUGAUUCUUGUGACAAUGCAAGGAUCUAUAUUUCAAAUUUGCCCCCGGAUGUGACCGUCGACGAACUUAGGGAACUUUUUGGAAGCAUUGGACAAGUUGCAAGAAUUAAGCAAAAGCGGGGCUACAAAGAUCAGUGGCCCUGGAGUAUAAAGCUAUAUACAGAUGAGCAAGGAAACAAUAAAGGAGAUGCAGUUCUCUCUUAUGAAGAUCCUUCAGCAGCCCACUCUGCUGGUGGCUUCUAUAACAACCACAUAAUGAGAGGUCACAAAAUAAGUGUAGCCAUGGCUGAAAAGUCUGCUCCAAAACCUGCACCUGCAUAUGGUAACAGGGGUGGCGGCAGAGGUGGAUAUGGUGGGGGUGGAGGUGAUAGACGUAGAGACAACUACAGGGAUGGUGGAGGCUCUGGUCCAGAAAGGAACUAUUCUGGUGGAAACAGAUCGCGCCCAUAUUGAAGUUUUCAAACAAGAAUGUUAUGUACUAAAUUUGUGAUGGAAGGUUUAUCUUUAAUUCAAGUCCCUGAUAUGUUCUCUCUUAGUUGGUGACUUAAAAGAGGGCGAAUGGAUGUUCUUCAAAUUGCUGCUAAGGUAGGUUGAAAUAUUCAGGUGAGUGUUGCUCCUAACAUACAUUACUCUCAGACUAGUUUUUAUAAAUGGUGCUUUAUAAUUGAAUUAUUAUAUCUUGCCUGCUGUUGGUAUUCUACAUGAGCAAAAAAUAAGCAUAUUUGCCUUUUGUGUUUUGGCCUUUGAUUAAAUCAUAUAUAAACCGUGUGUAUCCCUGCCUGAAGACCCUAUCGUUGCGUUCCAUAUUUUUGGGAGUGGAUGAUGUAUUAUUUUAAUUUGACAGGAGGAUUGAAAUAAAGCUUUUUCAUCUAGGAAAUAAGUAAAGAAGAGAACAGUCUUUAAGAAAGACAUUAGGGGAGGGAAGUGAAACGAGAGAGAUCAAUUUUUACGGUAAAAAAACAUUAUUCACCAUAUUACUAACCAGAAGAAAGAACAUUUACAUUAAACGUGUACAAAAGAAAAAAGAUUUAAAUGUUGGUUGUUAGAGUUGUUUGCUAUUUGAGAGGGAGGUUUUAAAUGUUGGUUGUUAGAAAGUCAAAUUUUUAUGGUACAAAACUUUUAUUAUCAUAUUAUUAGCCAGGAGAAGAAUACUUAAAAGUCGAUGUGUUAAAGAAAUUUCAGAUUUCUUUUGCAUUUCUUUUGAUGUAUGGUAGAGAGAGUUAAAUGAUGUUUUCUUAUGACUUGUUGAUAAAGUUGUGGUAUGAACUUAAUUUGCAAUAGAACUUAAUCUUGGUGACUUAGUUGUUACCUCCGUCAUUUGUACUCAUGUUUAUUUAUUUAUGACUUAAUUGAAGUGAUGACUUGUUCAUCCCGUCGAUACAACAACAUUUGAGUGGGUAAAGGGGGUUGAAUGCUUGGAUGUACGCAACUUUACCCUGUACUAAAUAACAUAGCGACUAUAUCUCCAUGACCCAUCGUGUUAGGCAUGCACCACUUAAAAAUUAAUAAUUGAAUGAAAGACCAUAUUCUGAAGGAGAGGUUUAUGAUAUUAGUAUUUUGAAUUGGGUGGGAGGUUGAUAAGCUAUAGAGUGUGCAUGGUUUAACUCAACAAACAUGUAGUACGUAGUACUACCUCCGUCCCUCAAAUGGAUCCUUGUUCACACUCAAAUUAUUUUUAGAAAAAAUUACAUAUUCAGAAACCACAUUAAAAGUUACAAAGUCUCAAAAAUCAGAAUCAAAUUUGACAAAAAUUUUAUACAUAAUGUCAGCUUAAAAGUGAUCUGUGUUGACCAAGUGGAGGUAGGGGUGGAGUGGGUUGGCUCUACCCGGCCUAGGAACCGGACUGGCCUGCCAUAGUGCCAUUGUGUGGGACUGGCCCGACCAGGUUGCCCGGGCUCGGGCCUAGGGUCCGAACGGGGGGUUUUGGGCCGGGUCACGGGUUUGGGGUUCUUUGGUACCGGCCGGGCCCGGUCCAGGCCAUUUUUUGUUUUCAAAUUCUUUGGGAGGUAAAUGGGUUGGGUUGAGUGUUUUGGAGGGGUUUGGGUGUGUGUGUGGGGGAGGGGGGUAGGAUGAAAUUAGAAAAGCAAAAAAAAAAAAAAAACAAGGUACCGGGCCUAGGCCUGGUAGAAUCCCGGGCCGGUUUUGGGCCUUAACCCAACAUGAAUAAGUCCGGUUUGGACUAGCCCAAAGGCCGGUUCAGAAACGGUCCAUGCCUAGGCGGAGGGAGUAGUUAUUUUCUAAUUUAACUCUAAUAAAUAGGGAUGUACUAGUAAAGCCAAUACUCAAUUAAUCUUUAUCUCCCAGAAUACCUAGCAAGCUAGCAUACCUCAUGAGUUUAUAACUUGUGAAGCCUCCUCAUAUCGUUUAACAGUUGAUCGUCAUAUCUCAAAGCGAUUUUAAUUAUAAUUCAUUCAAAAAUCAUCUUCCAAAUUUAUUUCUCCCAAAUACAAAGGACUUCUUCACCCUCCUCUCCCUUUCCCCUCCAACAACAUACUUCCAAAGCUUUCCCUCCCCUUCUAUCCAAACUCCCAAAUAUACCCUAGUAAUAUUAAGUUGAUUUUUUACUCAAUUCAGUAUGUUUGUUUACCACAUGAAAUAAACAAACUCCUAUAAAAAUGUUGCUUAAUUAGUAGACAUCUUAAGAUAAAGAGAAAUCUUCUAGGGAGGAUUUAUUAGGAAAAAAGUAAAUUGCUCAUUACUGGUUUGUCUCUUUCAAAAAUAUAUUUCUAUACACAAAGGGUUCCAUAUUUGUCAAUUUCUUUAUUAUUUCUAUACCUAACAAUCCAAGUACAAGUUAAAAUUAGUUAAUUACGUUAAAAUGAUUUCUAUAUCAUUUUAACAAAAUAUUUACUAUCAAUGACAUUUUAGUUCAAGCAGAGCGCAUAUGUUUGGGCUCGUAACUUCAUUCAUGCCAAGUUUAAAGCAUAUUUCUCCUUUAUUUGGUGUUUUAAUGAAUCAAAUUUAUACCAAGUUUUUCCUUCUGUGAUCCCCAUUUUUGGUUGCGGGAACAUGAUAUAUUUUAUUAAUUUAUCCUCGCAUUAGAAAGAGAUUGAAGAUGUUAAAUUAUUUAUUUUGUUAAUUACAUAUAGCGAUGUGUUUUAAUGUUUCCGAUCAAUCAACAAACCAUGGUUCUAUGCUUCGGUGCUUCACACAUUUAAUUGGAGUAUGUUGUCGGGGAAAAGAUAGGCUUACAGAAUCUUGUGCAAACAGCAAACUCCUGUCUAGGAUAAUAUCUGUUUAUUACUUUUUUCUUGCAUUAUAAAGAGAUCGAAGAUGAGAAAUUAUUUACUUUGUUUAUUUAUUCAUUCUUACAUUAGAAAGAGAUUGAAUAUGAGAAACUAUUAAGAAUCACAUUAUUUAAGUAGAUACCUCUUUCAUCUUCGGGAGCAAGGGCACACGUUUGUUCGUAAUGCUCUUAUUGAGAAAUUCUAAUAUGGGAUAAAAAUGUCUAGUCAGCUAUAAUUAUAUUUUGUUUAAUAUGGUUAUCAAUAUUGUUACAAUUGCAAGACUAUCUGUUAUGUGAAAACCUUAUGUGAGCAACUAUAAGUGAACAUAGGGGAGUAUGAAUUAUUUCACGAAUGACGUUUUUAUGAAGCACUAGUAAUCUAGUAUAAUAUUAGUAGUCGUGCGACAUUAUUCCACUCUUUGUAUUACAUACUAAAUUAUUUAAAAUCAAAGUACCUUUAAUAAAAUUUGAGUUUGCACUCCAUGUUUUGGGUGAUAUUUGAUUUUACACCUCAUUUUUGAAAUCAUUAAUGUGUGCACCUCAUUAGCUCAAAAAUUGUGAAAGAGGGGGUGCAAAGUCAAAUGAUUUUAUACUAAAUUGGGUUGCAUACAUUAAUGAUUUUUAAAAUAGGGUGCAAAGUCAAUUUUCCCUAAUAAAAUUUAAGUUAAUUCAAUAAGUACAUCAAAAUUAUGAACUCUUUGUUAAUUAAAGUUAUACGACAAUGACAUUUUAUACACACGUUAGAGGCGGAGUUAGGGGAUUGGGUCAGAUUAGGCCAUUAAAAUGAAUAUUUUUAGAAAAAAAAAUAGACUUAAAUUUUUACAUUAAAAAGAUAUGCAUUUUUUAAAUUCUGGGUGGAUCAGUUCCUAGGUCAGCCCCCCUCUAGCUCCGCUCAUGGCAAACACAAUUUAGUAUGUAGUACCGAGUAUUAUUUUUAUUUAUUUAUUACUUUAUCCUUCCCUGUUUAAAAGUCACUCUUUUUUUACACACAAUUUAAAAAAGUAACAUUGUUUGGUACUUUUUGCAUUGUUUCCUUUACCGAAUAUUGAAAGAGACAUUUUUUUAAACACGGUCCGAAAAGGAAAAGAAAUUUUAUUAAUUCAAGAUCCGAAAGAUAAAUUAAUUAUCAAUUCGGGAUUUGAAAGAUAAAAUGCAUUGAUAUAGGAUCCGAAUGAUGAAAAAUUAUCAAUUUAGGACCUGAAUGAUUGAAAACAAUUAAUCUAGGACCUAAGUUGUCAUAAUUUUUUUUAUUAAAAAUUUUUAAAUAUAAUUUUAUUUUAUUAAACUAAUAAACUUUUGUGAAGAAAAGUUUAUCAAAAUUAGUAAUGGAAUUAAUAAAAAUUAAAUAAAUCAAAACCUAUGAAAUGUUAGGUCCUAAAUUGAUAGUUUUCCAUCAUUCGGGUCCUAUACUGAUACGUUUCAUCUUUCGGGUCCUGAAUUGAUAUUUAAUCUAUUUUUUCGGGUCCUGAAAUUUAGGGAUGGACUCGGGUCUGGGCCGGGUCCGGGUCGGGCCUAGGCCCGGGCGGGCCGGCGGUUCAGAAAUGGUGGACCCGAGACCGGCCCGGGUAACCACCGGGCCCGGUCUGGGUUCGGGCCGGGCCGGGCCGGGCCCAUUAUCAUUUUUUUUUGUUUUCCUCUUCCUAAUUAACCCCCCUCCCACCCCCAACCCCCAAACCACCCCAAAAUACCCAGCCCAACCCGAAAAAAAAAUAAUUUUUGGCCGGGCUCGGGCCCGGCCGGUUCGGGCUUUGUUUUGGGUGACCCGAGCCCGGACCGGAAAACCCACGGGCCGGGCCUACCCGGACCAGUCACUGACCGGGCCACCAGGUCAGGCCGGGGCGGAACAGUACCGGUCCCGGGCCGGUUCCGGGUCGGGCCACCCGCCCCGAGUCCAUCCCUAUCCUGAAUUGAUAAAAUUCCAACUUUUUAAAUAGUAAUAACAUCCAAGUGUUUAUUUCUUACUCAUUUUUAAAAAAUACACUACAUACACAGAUACACUACUGCAUAUAUGAUAUUUUCAAUCAGACGAGGCCAUGAAACAUCAGUUAUCCUUGAUGAAACGUUUUGGGAUAAUUUCCAAGUUAAAUCAAAUUUAACACAUUUUUGAAAGUAACAUUUAAAGCAACUCCAUUCAUCGGCCGAAAGUACAAUAAAAUUUGGACUAUGCUAUUCACAGUCUCCGUUUUCAAUUACUUGGUACGGCCGGCUGUACCGUGUGCACGGUACAGCCGUUUUUUUUUUGUUUUGUAAUUAACAUGUGUUGCAAGCCUGCAACUCAUCUGCGAAGAGGAAGAAGGGCAUCGAUGAAGACGGAAAUCGACUGUCCAGGUCUCCAACUCGUGAAGCAGCCCAAGCCGCCACAUACUCCGAUCGAUUGGCGCAACGAAAUAUGACUUACACAGAUGACAAUUCUCAACAGCCGCAACUCUCCAACACGAGCGCAACACCUCAAACUCCGGCUUCAGCGGCGGUUUCUGGGCAGCACCUCGUGUAUAGCCCUAGUUGCUUCUUCUCCCUCUUUCUUGCUUUGGACUCUUCCUUUUUCUCUUUUUCUUACUUAAGUUUGGUGAGUGAGUUUGGUCACUUGUUGGCCACAAGUUAGAGAAAUCUAAGUUGUACCUAAUUCUUCAAAUGUGAGCAUAAUAAAUGAAAUUAUGAUCAUCGUAGACAUUUCAAAUGAG